AUGAAGGAUCGGAAAUGUCAUAGAGAAAUCAUAGAAAAGUCAUGUAAAUUCAUUGGUCAGUCUGUGGGAACAUUGACUUUAGUCAUUUGUAAUAUAUAGUGCUUGACUGUGAUGGUGUUUCAUUUUUAUUUCAUGAUCACAUGUUAACUUCAGUCACUGUUUUAUCUCUUGCUUGUGCAAGGAUGCAUGUCUGGUUGUGUUUGUGCCAAUGUUUUAUAUACUGCUGCAUGUCUGAAAGUGAAGCUACAAUGUUGCUGUGUGGAAAAUAAUCCAAUCAGAGUGUGGGAAAGCGUAAUCCGGUCUAAUCCCACCACAGCCAUGAAGAACAGAGAUCAUUCAGGCAUCCAACAGCUGCCACCUGUCUGUUUCUACGGCAACUGACCAGACCACCUUCAGCAAGCACACCUGAGAGAAGGAGGGAGAGGGGGGAAGACAAGAUACCACAGACUCUGUCAGGAUGGGCUACGAUCUAGAACGUUUCGUAGGCUAUGUGAACGAGGGUCUGCUGUGCUGUGUGUGUCGGGACGUGUUAGAAGAUCCUUUGCAGGCUCCGUGUGAACACGCCUUCUGCAGCUCCUGCAUUCAUGGAUGGCUCGUCCAUCAUAACACCUGUCCAGAGGACCGCUUGCCUUUAGACAUCACACAUCUACGCCCACUGUUCAGAUACAUGAGGAAUGAUUUAGCAAGGCUGCAGGUGAGGUGUGUGUUCCGGCCACAAGGUUGUGAGGUCAUAUGCGCUCUGGAGUCUGUUCAUCGCCAUGAGCAACAGUGUGAUUACGCUUUGCUGAACUGCAGUAAUGCAGGUGACGAGUACUUAUGCUAUCGUUGUGGCUGCCCGGUUCAGGUGUCACGGCGCUCUCUGGAAGCUCAUCUGUGUGUGUGUGAAUACAGUAGUAGAGUCUGUUCAAGCGGCUGUGGAUACACAGUCCUAAACACAGAGGAGGCCCAACACAACUGUGUAUCGGAGCUACGAGCUGAGCUGGACAUGCUCAGGGCAGAAUUAGACUGCAAAGUUGAAGAGGUGCGACAUGAAAUGGAAUCUCGCUUGGAUUCCCAAAGACGACAUAUGGUGCAGAAGGAGAGUCUGCUGAGGAGUGAAGUGGACGAACUGAAGGGCCAGCUGUCCAGAGUCAUGUCAGAUGUCCGCAUUCUGCUGGGUGCAGAGAGAGCGCGCAGACAAGAGCUGGAGAGGGCAGAGCUGGAGAAGGCGGAGCUUCUUGAACUUUUAAAAAAGGAGGGGCUCAGACCAGCAACGCCCUCUGAAGCAGCACCGCCCCCUGCUGAGGUGCAGAGAAAGCUGAGCCCAAGAAGCCUCGCUUUGGACUGCAUCAAAAGAAAGAAUAGAGAGGUGACAGUCAUCUGAGGACACUGCUUUUCACGGCAGAACUUUAAGGAAGAGGGAAUGUCACAUGAUGCUAAUAGAAAACCACUUACUGGAAAUCAUCUGAAUGAAGCCCCAUUAUUGUAGCUCCUCUGGGUGAACCGAAUGAUUGAUAUGAGAUUGGCUAUGUUCUAUGAUUUAACCAAAUUGUGUAGUAAAAAGACUUUUUUG